AUGUCGCCGGAACCCUGUCAGACGGCGUCCGUGUCACAGGAUGGAUCGGCCGACGCGAGCCAGCACGAGACAGAUACAGGGGACGGUGUUGCGGCGGCAGAUGGUCUUGAAGUCAUUGUCGAUCUGAGACGCCGCCGAAGAAGGAGCGCCAGGAGGAGGCGGUCGUCGUCUGGGAGGCGAAGAAGAAGAAGCCGUAGCAAAACGAGACGAUCGUCGUCCCGAAGGUAUCGGCAGAGGCCAAGGAUUCUUCAGAUCGCGGACGGUGACGAGAACAAUAACGGAGACGCGGAAACCAGCGAUGCGGUGUCCCGACCGAGGGCACGGCGGCGUUGGUCUAGUCGGCGCCGCGCGAACGAAGACGAGGAGAACGAGUCGACGGUCGACGGAUCGUCAAUCGGCAGCAGCAGCGACGUCACCGUGAGCAUCACGAAAGCCCGAAGAGGCCACUGCGAUAGUUGCGGGAGAACGAGACUUAGGAGUAAGUCCUGUAAAGUUUCGAGAAAAACGAAGAAUAGCUGUCACAACAAAAAGAAAUGUUCCAAAUCCAAGAGUGGCAAUGAUGACGAAUAA